AUGUCGACUCCCCAGAAGCUACUUUUCGAGCCCGCCACCGCCCGUUUGCAGAACGGUUUGAAGUUGGUCUUCGGUUCUGACCACGCCGGCAUCGAUUUGAAAAAUGAGAUGAUCGAUUUCGUCAAGAACGUCUUGAAGGCCCCAGAGGGGUGCAUCACGGAUGUCGGCACUUACACGCAUGAAUCGAUCGACUACCCUGAUUUCGCUGAGAAAGCUUGCAAGACUCUUCUGAGCAUUUCCAAUGAUACUACCAAGGCGUUGGGUGUUGUCAUUUGCGGAUCUGGUCUAGGAAUCUCGAUGUCCGCUAACAAGUGCAAAGGAAUCAGGUGUGCUUUGUGCUCCAGCAACUACGAUGCUCGAUAUAGUCGUCUCCACAACAACGCUAACGUUCUUGCUAUGGGCGGCCGUACCACGGGUGUCGAGGUUGCGCGAGAGAUUCUUGCUACUUACAUCAACACCGACUUCGAGGGAGGACGCCAUCAGAAAAGGAUUGACAAGAUGAUGGCCCUUGAGAACAAGAACUAA